UACUUGCUCACACAUCUUCUCUUUUCCUCAAUCAUUCCCCUUCACACCAAUAUCACUUAUUCUUACCUGACCUUGCAUUUGCUCGGCCCCACGUACAGUUUUCCAUUCUUAGGACGCAGCUCAUUCUUAUUCGUUCGGCUACGAUGGACAAGCCAGAGACCGAGAUCCUCGUACACAUCGCAGCACCAUCCAGGGCUUUGGAUGAUUCAAAAUACCGAGCCCUCGCCGCCGCCUACCUUGCCUUUGAGCCAAGGUCAAGGAAUCUGGUCACGUUUGGGACACGGGGUCGCACUGAGGAGAAUGGCAGCGUGGACGUACCUCAGUCAAACCCCGACCCUGGGAGCAUUCAGUCACCAAUGCUGUCUUUUCGGAGUGCCAUCAACAACUUCGACUCUCCCCCGCUUCAACGAGCUGUUGAUGGCUGCAUCGCAACGUCGCAAUUGUCAUGGAAGGCCCCGCCGAGUGUUAUCCAGGAUUCCAUGCCUGAAAACGAUCUGGCCUUCCCUCAGUAUUGUACGCCCACGAGACUACUGAGCCAUUACGCUUCGGGGUUCGACAGCACCCAGAUGGAGACCUCGCCGAUCCAUCAAACAAAACAAUCCCCCACGCCAGCUGUCUUCCAUCCACACCAAACGCACCCGAUCCUGGAUGAUGAGGAUGACGAGGACAGGCAGGAACAAACACUCGAAGUAGAGGAUGAGAGGGCUGUGACCUCGCCCUCUCCAAGUACAGACAAACCUUGCUCUCAGCGCAGAACACCCACACCAUCGGAGGAGCCACGGAUCGUCUCUUCCUACCCCAGCCAACAACUCGAGCCGAUGUCUUCGCAUCGAUCUGAAUCGGAGCCACCCGUCUCCAAGCGGCCGCGGACAUCCCGGGACCCAGCACCCGGCAAGCCCAUCACUAGGGGUGCGAGUGACAUGGGUCCUCGUCCGCGACGAGCGAAUACUGGCAUGGUACGCCGGCAAGCCCUUGACACACUCGAGAUUCUGUCCCCGCCACCCAUCACCGGGCAGAGGGAGCUACGCCCCGAGGAUAUGAUCACCGAUGUCCUCGCCGGUCUCGCCCGGGAGCUCAACCUCGAAAAGCGGUUCAAGCCAGAGACCCAAACCAGGGAUCUACACCCCUUUGAGAGGGGCUACUGGUUGGUGGAUUGCAGCUCCUGGGAGCCCGAGCUGAAGCAAUCCGCCUGGAGUUUCCUCGCCGACUACUUGAGCAAAGGCUGCGCUGGAUGGGGCACGUCCUGCAGGCGAGACCAGGACUUCUCGUGGAUCCGGGUGUAUUGCUGGGGCUGUGUGGUUGGACAUCUGUAUCUUGUCGUCUACUUGGUCAGCAAGCGGCGUGUGCUGUACACGGGCACUUCCUGGAUCGGCGGGGAUGGGAAGCCGGUUGUGGCCAUGGGGGCGAGACAAGGGAUCAAAUGAGAGCGAGCAGGUUUGGAAUGGGCCCUCAGGUUUCAUCUUUGGAUAUUGUUUUGGUCUGGUUCUGGAUAUUUUGGCGGUGUCCUGCUUUACGCGACUAUUGAUACACUUUUUGGAACACGAUACCCUUCUUCUAGAGCACGGGGCGGAGUUAGAGGAUACUGGGACAGGGUGGCAUAUCGAUAAUUUUAUUUGAGUGAUAACGGGAUGCAUGGUAAUAUGUCGGCCGUCUGUUUCACCAAGAAUCGCGUGGCAAUGACAUUAGAGAGCAAUCCCGCAUCUUGUGAAGAGAGAAUCUUCACG